AUGAGUGGACAGGAGAAUGAGCGAGAAGAUAUUAAAAUAAUAUCUACUAUUUUUAAUUUGUCCUCUCAUCCAGGUUUCCUGAGUACCGGUGACCAAGCAGCAAAAGGGAAUUAUGGCUUGUUGGAUCAGAUCCAGGCUUUGCGCUGGACCAGUGAGAACAUUGCAGCCUUUGGCGGCGAUCCAUUGCGAAUCACUGUGUUUGGCUCCGGAGCUGGAGCUUCCUGUGUGAACCUGCUCACGCUGUCUCACUACUCAGAGGGAAACCGCUGGAGCAACUCAACAAAAGGCCUGUUCCAGAGGGCCAUCGCUCAGAGCGGCACAGCUCUGUCUAGCUGGGCUGUCAGUUUUCAGCCUGCCAAAUAUGCUCGAAUGCUGGCUCGGAAGGUAGGCUGCAACCUGGAGGACACUGUGGAGCUUGUGUUGUGCCUGCAGAGAAAACAUUACAAGGAGCUUGUGGAUCAAGACAUCCAGCCGGCCCGUUAUCACAUUGCCUUCGGCCCUGUUAUUGAUGGCGAUGUUAUACCUGAUGACCCUCAGAUUUUAAUGGAACAAGGUGAGUUCCUCAACUAUGAUAUAAUGCUGGGAGUGAACCAGGGCGAGGGCCUUAAGUUUGUCGAGCUUAUCGUGGACAAUGAGAAUGGCGUCCAAGCUAAUGACUUCGACUACGCCGUGUCCAGCUUUGUGGAUGACCUUUAUGGCUACCCAGAAGGAAAAGACAUCCUCCGAGAGACCAUCAAGUUUAUGUACACUGACUGGGCUGAUAGGCAUAAUCCAGAGACACGCCGGAAGACACUCCUAGCACUUUUCACCGAUCACCAGUGGGUAGCACCAGCAGUUGCCACAGCUGACCUGCACUCCAGUUUUGGAUCUCCAACCUACUUCUAUGCUUUCUACCACCACUGUCAGACGGAACAGGUACCACCCUGGGCAGAUGCAGCACAUGGAGACGAGAUCCCAUAUGUGUUUGGCCUGCCUAUGAUUGGACCAACAGAGCUGUUUCCCUGCAAUUUCUCCAAGAACGACGUUAUGCUCAGUGCUGUGGUUAUGACCUACUGGACAAACUUUGCCAAGACAGGGGACCCAAACCAGCCUGUACCCCAGGACACCAAGUUCAUCCACACUAAGCCCAAUCGUUUUGAAGAAGUGGCAUGGACACGCUACAACCAGAAAGACCAGCUUUACCUCCACAUUGGCCUGAAGCCCCGGGUCAAAGAGCAUUACCGUGCCAAUAAGGUCAACUUGUGGUUGGAGCUGGUUCCUCAUCUACACAGUCUCAAUGAGGUCACCCAGCUCAUCCCAACCACCACCAAGAUUCCUCCACCAGAGACUACUAAUCGAAUACCGAAGACCAACGUUCUGGUGACCAAACGUCCUAACCCAACCCCAUUCCCCACUGAGACACAGGACAGUCACAACCAACCACAUCUUGUGGACCAGCGUGACUACUCCACUGAACUAUCUGUAACCAUUGCUGUGGGAGCAUCCCUGCUUUUCCUUAAUAUCCUGGCUUUUGCUGCACUUUACUACAAAAAGGACAAGCGCCGGCACGAUGUUCAUAGACGCUGCAGCCCCCAGCGGAGUGCCGCAAAUGACCUUGCCCACACUCAAGAGGAGGAAAUCAUGUCUCUACAGAUGAAGCAGCACUCAGACCUGGACCGAGAUUGCAGGGGGGUUGGCGACUCCCUGCACCCGCAUGAUGUGGUUCUGAGGACUGCCUGCCCACCGGACUAUACUCUGGCCAUGAGGCGCUCACCAGAUGACAUCCCGCUCAUGACACCAAACACCAUAACCAUGAUCCCCAGCACCAUGGGAGGGCUCACCUCACUCCACUCUUUCAAUACCUUCCCCAGCAGUGGCCAGAACAACACCCUGCCCCACCCGCACCCACACUCACACUCCACCACCCGAGUAUAGCCCUGUGGAUGCACCCAUGCAGGCGGGACUCUGAUGGCUGAGGCUAAAGCUAAUGCCGCUGACGCAGCAGAGACUGAAGGCCAACUUUCUGACAAACACAAGUAUGUCAUGAGAUGAAAUGCCAUCCUGGAGUUGCCAGAAACCCAUGGAAUUACACUGGGACUGUACGACACCCUGUUAAUACCUGAGGAAAUAUAGUCAAGAGUUUCUGAGGGUUUGGACCAGGGAAAAAAGAAUAAUUAUCUUUUUGUACAAAAAUUUAAGACAAGAAAAAAAUACAUAUAAAGAGCUGAAGAUAAACAACCUCUAAAGCUAAAACAAAGAGGAGGAUGUUUUUUUAUUGUUAUUAUUUUUGUUCUGAUAUUGCAGCAAAACAAGGUACAGUAAAAAUACUUUCUCUUUCUAGCAACAGAUAUGGCCUUCGGGAUCUUUUGACAAAUGACUGCUUGAGAGUAUUAUCUGGAUACAGAAGAGAGCAUCAGACACACCUUGGAGGUGAGAAGAAGGGAGCUCUUUGUAAAAGAAAGAAAGCGCGUUGUUUUCCUUCGGCAUCACGCUAGAGAUUACUCUGUGGGGCACAAUGUAGAUGCCAUGCAAACCAAUUUAGGCAUGUCUUGACAUCAUAAAUGGAGGCUAUGUAAGAUAAGGUAAAAAAGAAAAAAAAACAAUUGUUGAAAAGAGCAAAGGAAAGACUGAAAACUUCAAGAAAAAGAAAUCCUGUAUGCACAACAGAACCAUUUUGAGGAGAAAAAAAUCUUGCAAAUACUUUUCAUCCAUUUAUUUUUGAGGAUUGGGAACAAUUUUAUUGUAUAGAACCUAUUUACAUAUCUAGAUCUGUACACUAAGCACCGAGGCUGUUUAAGCUCUCCUCUUUUCAGAGGGGCAUCCAUACUGCAAACCUGCCAGUAGAACUGAACCAGUAGGAAGUGGGGAUCCACCUACUGGCUUUCUGGCAUUUCCAACUUCAACACAGAGAGCUGGGGGACAAAGGAUAAUUGGAUAUUUUAGCACGAUGCGCAUGACAAUUUAUCUGCUUGAUGGCUGCUCUGCUGAUUAUGUCAUUAUUAAGAAUCAUUUUCACCCUCUCCCUUGCAUUGGAGAAAUUUCAGACAUAUUUCUUGAUUGGAUUACAAGAAAACACACACCCUUGCAGGACCAUGGGAAAUACAAUUCCAGGUUAUGGAUGAUGUGGGCUGGAGUCGGGGGUAGAAAGGGGAGGGGCUGGAAAUAUGGUUCAAAUUUUCUUGCAUAACAUGAUAUAGCUUGAGUGGAGCUGGGCAUAUAAGGACUAGUUUUGUACUCCGUGUGUUGGUACUACUUUUUGAUAGUGGUUAAAUCACAUUACACUGUAUCAAUCAAACUCAUUGUACCUUCAGUUGAGAUCAAUGUUCUUUGGUAUUCUACCUACUUUACCACUAUACCGUAUAGAAGUAAUUACCUGCACUGUUUAUUCCAUUGCCCGGUUUUCUUUACUUUUAACUAGGAGGUGUGUUGACUGUGGUGGAGGGUGAAACUACUGGGGGAAAAAAAUGGUGGGAGAGUGAAUUUCUGGACCGUGUAGAUUUUUUAUUCAUCCAAUUGGGCACUGGAGAGCUCUUUAAACAUGAAUGCCUACACAUGACUAACACAAGUCAAAGGGCAAGAUGAUAGGAAAAGUUAGGGUCACGAUAGGCCAAUUCCCAUUAUGCGCAUUUCAUCUAGUUUUGAUCAUUAGCCAAGGCUGGUUGUGUUAGGAGACACAUUGCGUUGGAAUUAUUGAAUUAUGUGAAGGAAGUAAAAAGGCCUCUCAUAGCAGCUCUGAAGCCCACAGUCACUCCUCUUUACCUCAUUUUGAAGAGCUACUUCUUUUCUUUUUUUAGCCCCACUCGUUUUCUACCAGGGAUUCUCUACUGUCUCAUCUUUUAUACUGAGCUGACAGCUGGGCUGUUUAGCAAAGCGGCUCGUCUCACAUCCGCACUGUCUUCAGUUGACCAUCUACUACAAUGCUGUCUGCCUUUGCUAACAUCUUCAGGUCAGUGAAGCCUCAGCAGCUAACGAUGUUAUCCAUCGGUGUAGAAAUGAGUCACAGUGCAGUCGAAUCCAGUUGCUUAAAAGGUUGGAGUCACUGUGGGGGUAAAGUGGUGAUCUUCAAAGCAGACAGAGACAUGAAUAUCCUAGAUGGCAACUCUAUUGUGCACAGAUAUAGAAAUCUGAAAGCUGGCGCAGAGAUGCUACUUGGUAAGCUGAAACGCUUUUCUCCCUGUUUUCCCUUCGCUAAAAUGUAGAUGUGUAGAGGCCUCUGUUGUGAGAAUUCAUCCUGCCCCUUUUGGCUUCCUUACAGGCACUGUGCAGUCAUUCAAAAUAAUGAGUGCAGACUACUGUUACCCCAUGUAACAUUGUGGCAGACAAGCUGGAUGAGGGGAUAAAAUCUUGUCUCUCACAGGAAAUGUUGCUUUUUGGAAUACGAUUUAAAUUGAAUAAACUAAUUUUAUCUGUUGGCUCCAGAUUGUUUCUCUGGAUUAAAUGAACAGCCAGUGCUUGAGCUGGGAUUGAAACAAAAGAAAGAUUCCAAGGUUAUUAUCACACAUCAUCCUCGUGGGAAUUUCAGAAUCUGGGGAAAAUCUGCUCUGUAGUUUUGUUGGCACUGUAUCGACAAAUCAAAAGCUUUCAUACUUUAAUACCGAUAAUAUGUAUAAACAAUCUCAUACACAACCAUGUGAUAAGAAAUUACACCUGGGCUUUCCAAGUAUUUUGUUUCCCCACACAAAAUGUUUUAUAUAGGAAAACCCUCUACUUGAACUCAAGAUUUAUUAGACCCAUAUAAAAAGCAACAUGACCUUGUUUUUGUAACCCAAUUGCUCAAAUGCACUUCACUAGAUGUGGAAAGGACUCUUGAAAGAAAAUUAAAUGAUGACGUUGGCUGUGCAGGGAUUUAGGAACAUUUGUGCCUGAAUAUGGGCAUCAGCAACAAAGUAAUUCCUAUUAUGUAGGUUACUAAUUUAAAAUGUGCAAAGAGUCACAUGGGGUAGGUCAGAUUGCACAACGUGAGUCCAAGCAAGACAAACAAAAUCUGUUUUUCUUUGUUUAUAUUGGUUUAUUACUGUUUUCUCGCAUUUGAAUACCAAAACAAUGUGUUUCAUGAUGUAAAUCCAGUGGAGCACUACACUUGUUCACUUUUUUGGCUACAAACAUGGCAAAAACAAAAUAAGAUUUUCAUCUGUUAAUUUUUUGUUUGUGUUGUUUUGAUUUUUUUUUUGUUACAGUGAACAUUUGAUACUUUAAUAUGACACUUAAACCAUUGAAUUUACAAUCCCCGUUGACUAGACAUGACCCUCUGCAUGCCUACUGCAUGUAUGUAAGUAUACAGUGCACCCAAACAUGCAGUUGCAACAAAAAAAUGUCACUUUCUAUGAUCAAUCUUCCGCACAUGCUGUGGAAGAUCAUAUCCUAUGAUUAAUUGGGAUCCAGUGUUCAAUCUUUAAAAUCUCUUAGCUAACUCACAAGAAGUAUCCAGUGGUCAACCCGUUCCAAAACAGCCAUCUCAAAAGACAAAAAGCACUAUGUAGUUUUGUCUUUUGUCUGGUGGAACCACAGCUUACAUGACUUUCCAUCACAUUUUAGGAUUGCAUUUUACAUAAAUCCACGUAAUAUGACAAAUCAUUCUGCAUUUUAGUCAUAUUGCUUUACAAAGCAUCCCAAAAAACAUUUCCCUUUUGAAGUUUGCAAAACUGCAGCAUUAGCAGUAGGAUGAAAGGCACUGAGAACGAGCAAUUACAACUCUACAUGAAAAUAUCACAGGGGUUGAGAUCGUAUAUAGCUAGCACUUGCCAAAUUCAAACAUUGCUCUCCAGAGAAAUGACAAAGGGGCAAAAGCAGGGCCACCCACUGAAUUAAACAUAUAAUUGCACUGAUGGGUAAAUAGUCAAGCAAUUGCAAGGCCAUGCUAAGUGGGUGACAGCCAGGGAUGAAUCCUAAUUAAUAACUUGCCAUGCAUCCAAUUGUCUGAUUGAUGAUAGUUGAAAAAUGUAAACCAACUGUAGCGUGAAAAGAAAUGAGAGAAAUGUUGGUCAGCACCUGACAUAUUUGGGAUUAUAAAUGGAAAUUGCUAGAAACUGCACUGAACUUAAUUUAUAGUGGCAGUUGCUAACAAGAUUUAGCCUCUGCAGUGACUACAUGCAAAUAUAGUCCAAAUUUUCUCAUAAGGAAAAAGCAGUUGUGCUAGAUUGCUUGAGGAUGUAAAACUAGACAGGAAGACAGCAAAACUUUUUGCAGGAAAAUGCAAAACGCAAUGACUCAAUCAGGAAAUAUAUAAGUAAGCAAAUGCAUUAAAUGCAUUUAACAGUUUUGACAGUUGUGUAUGGAAAAACAUGGUUAUCAAAGCAAAUUGAAAGCUAAUUGGCAUAAUUUGUGAGAAAAUUGCAACUUCGCACCUUUACUGAGACUGAAGCAAAGUUAAGACAAAAUGGUAUUUGACUGAUGGCAUAAAACCCUAUCAAAAUCAUAUCGCACGACUCCACUUAACAUACCCAAAAUGUGUAUUUCUAGAUUUGUUCUUUUAUUGUCUUAACAGCACCAAAAUUCAGUAAUUUUCACCAAGGCAACCUUACUGGAAGACUGAUGCAUUUCAAAGCAAACUAACUUGUUUUGCCUGGUGACAUUUUCUCUAUUAAAAUUCGCAAUCUUUGGGUAAGAAAUGGUCCACAUCUAAAGCCGUGUCACCUUUUAAGCUGUGUGUUGAAUAUGCUCUGUGAAAAUGUCAAUAUUCCUUUCUUAGUGUUUCCAUUAAAAUACAUUUUUUAUGGUAUAAGGAAUAUCUCAAAUGCAUUUCCUACCUCAUAGAUCAUUUGCAAAUAAUAACUUUUGUGAAUGUUGCAUUUUCCAUCCUGCUGUUAUUCUCUUGUAUCGAUAGUAAAGUUUUAUCAGGCGUUACCCUGUCCAGCUGUCAGUAAGCAUUGCCAACCCCUGCAGCCGCCACAAAUGUAGGUCAUGUCUCCCUGCUCUUGACACGAAUGUAAACGGUUGUGUACAUAUGAUGGUAGGUACUAGCAGUGCUGAGACUUUAUCAUUUAAAAGAUGCUUAACAGCACCUCUAGUGGUCAUAGGUUCCACAGGGUACCUCAGAGUUGUGUUCUUCAUGUUGGAAAAAUCUCAGCUCACAACUAAAGUACAACUACAUGUGUUUUUAAGAAAGGGCUAGCUUUUAAUAGACUAGGGCUAAGAAACGUAUAUAAUUAUGAAACGUAUGACUGAAACAAGGUGAUAAAUUUUCCCAAUCAACAGAACAGGGGCCGCUACAGAAACCAAGUUGCCCUUCUCUUUUCAUCUAAUUCUUUGAAGUUUUGAUUCACUGCUAAGAAGGAAAAAAGGAAAAAGAAAAAAAUCCUUCCUUUCUGAUUUUAGGAAACUGGAGUAAUUGACACUCAUUUUUUAAACGUUACAUAUCCAAUCCCAGAGUGCCACUGAGACUUUGCUACACAUAUAUGACACUCUUUUCAAUGAGAAGCAUUUUGAUUACGUUAAAGAGUGGGAAAUGUCAUAAACAUAUAUUCUCUUAACACAUCUUUUUAAAGUUAGGGCAAGUCACACGCCUGCCCUAUGAUAGAGGAAACAUUAAGCCUUAAAACUGAGAACUAAUAACAAUAAAACUUUAUUGGAUAGUGAAAUGAGCAAAUUAAAUACGAAGGAAGUUCAAAUUUAAUUGCAGUUAUUAUACUGUUUAUACACUGUGGUAGUUUUACGUGGAACAUUACAGAGUUAUGAGGAAAAGGGUAUACCUUUUGUUUGAGUGCUGUGUACCAUAACAUCAUAAACAUACACCUUUUGCCCAUCUUUUUCUAUUUCAACCUGGUUCAUAACUGAAUUUCUCUUAUUUUUAAGGAGAUUAUUAAAAGUCUGCUAUUUUCCAAAGCCGUCGCGGGCAGGUUGAGCACACUGAUUACGUGCAGCAUGCGUGGGCAGGAGGGUCUUUACAUGUGUGUUUGCUAAAAUACACACAUCUUCAAAACAACAACAGCUAAAACACACAGCACACACAGUUGUAAAAUCUUAAACAUGACCUGCAAAAAUCCGUCACCCCCUUUUGAAUGCAUAUGCUGGUAUGCUCCUUUGUCAGCCUUGUAAACAUUAUUUCCAUUAGUGUUUAAUUCUAUAUUGUGCCUAUUUUGUGUUUCUGUGUUGAAUAUUUAAAUAUUCUGUUUAUUUUGUGUCAUAUGAUGUCUUGCUUGUCCUGAAUAAGACUUGAAUUUGGAUUUAUUGGCUUUGUGCUUGUAGCAGCACUCAUUUGUAAGAGUGUUGACAUUCAAAUGGCAGAUGUGAGAUAUUAGUCUGAGAAUGCCCCAUAGUUGAGAAUGACUCCCAUCUGGUGUCACCCUCCUUUAAAAAAUUGUGUCCAAUUAGCCCAGUCUCAUGGCAGCUUGUGAAAUAGUCCCAAAAAUGUGAUCUGUGCGCUUCUGUACAGGAUGACUUUUGCUUUAAUCGUGACAGAGAAGCAACACUCCCAUCAGAUGCGACUUAUCUACCAGAAAAUUACUUUUAGUAAAACGAUAGCGUAUAAGAAGAAUAAAACAAAAGAAUGGUAAAAAUGUCUCUUUGAUUAAGUUCUUGUAGUUAUGCCACUAUCCUCCUACUUUCUUGAGUGGACUUUAGUACAUUAAAGUGGAAGCUGUCUUGAUGUUUACAUACGUAACAUAUAGGUAUUAUUUACAUCUAUUUUUCAAGCUACCGUGAGACGGUGUUAGUCUGCCAUUUGCAAAAGGGGAAGUUUCACCCAAUCCAGGUAGCAUUUCUUCGGUCAUUUCUUUUGACUCCCAGCACCACUAGAUUUUAUUAAGCCAGUCAAGAAGGGUGAGUAUACAUCCAAACAGUUUGGGACUGCAAACACUUGUGAAACCCUGUUCUAGGGGGAAGCUUCAUUUUUUUUUUGUUCUUGUGUAAAGCUACGCAGAUCGUGGUCGACAGUGAGCCUGUGCUGUAGUGCAAGGGCAGAGAGGAACGAGCACUGCGAAUGAAUGUAACGCAACGUGCCAUUUUCUGACCUCAAAGCGCAGCAGAAACAACAAUUAAACCUCAGAUUCAUCCUGAGAGGUUUGUGCAAGCAGUCUGAAAGCUAAAGGUGGAUUUGUUCUUUGAAAGUCAUGUGAACCGGAGGAACUAUGUGAGCAGGUCUGGCAUUUGUAUUGUAGAUUAUUUGUCACUUGUCUUUCUUUCUGGUUAAAUAGUAAUUACUCUUCUGGAGCACAAUAAAUGAUUUUAAUAUGCUGA